CCACAUGAAUGUGCCGUUAUACCCUGACAUCAGUCCUCUGUUCGUUGCUGUCGGUAGCGAGUAGGAUCGCGAACCACGGGUAACUAAUCCAUCCUACUCCACUGUAACCCGUCUCCAACGCCGGUUUGCGGAGGAUUCAUACAAGGAAGCUCGAGAAGCUUGGAGUAACACCAAUAGGAAACUAAUUUCCGACCGGCAACUGAUGUUCUCGUCGGGUUGACCGCGAUCGAGCCGACCACAACCAACUUUUUGCUUAUUUCUCCGCAUUCCACUAGGGAAUAUCCCCGGGUGCGGCUCAGUCCAUGUAAGUUCUCAUGUGACUACCUAGGUAUGUAGACAUUGCGGGUUGUGGUUGGAGAUCGGAGGGCGGGGAUAUAAUAUAUAGCGAGGAAUGGAAUAGAAAUCGUAGUGUUUCUAUUCCGCAGCUACUCUGCAGAUGAAACUGAGACAGUAGAAAUCCAAAGACGGGAAAAUAAAGGAAGACAUACUAUCAAGAGAACAACCAUGUCAGAGAAGCGGAAGCCUGUCGUCCUCCACAUCGGAGACCCCGUCAAGCAUAACCCAGACGUAUACGAGCGCUUCGCAUCAGAAUUCACGAUAAUACAUCCGACGGUAGAAGAGCGCCAGCGAGGGCCGUUUCUACAAGCCCUUCGGGACCGGAAAUGGGGUGAUUUCGACGCCGUAUUCCGGCCAUUUUGGAACACAGGCGGCGAGAUGGGCCGCUGGGAUAAGGAACUCGUCCCCUUACUCCCUAAAUCGGUGAAAAUCUACGCCAGUGCCGGCGCUGGAUACGACUGGGCCGACGUCGACGUUCUAGCAGAGCACGGAAUCCUCUACUGCAACGGCGCCCGCGCCUCCUCCGAAGCCGUAUCCGACAUGGCCAUCUUCCACAUAAUCAGCACGUUCCGGAACCUGGGCUGGUCGCAGAUGGCCGCGCGGUCGGGGGACCCGGCCGUCUGGGCCGAAGCGCACAAGUACGUGAGCCACACGGCGCACAACCCGCGCGACCACGUGCUGGGCGUCAUCGGGCUGGGCAACAUCGGGUCGCUGAUCGCGCGCAAGGCGGCCGCCUGCUUCGGCAUGCGGGUCCGGUACCACGACGUCGAGCGCAAGAGCGCCGAGCACGAGGGCGGCGCGGGGAACGCCGUCUUCGUGCCCACGCUCGACGGGCUGACCGCCGAGGCCGACUGCGUCGUCCUCGCCACGCCCUUCGGCGGCUCCGUGCUCAUCGACGCCGAGUGCCUGGCCAAGUUCAAGCGCGGGUCGCGCUUCGUGAACAUCGCGCGCGGCACGCUCGUCGACGAGGACGCGCUCGUCCGCGCCCUCAAGUCGAAGCACCUGCACGCGGCGGGCCUCGACGUCUACGCGAACGAGCCGCACGUGCACCCCGAGCUGCUCAAGUUGACGAACGUGACCCUUACGACCCACAACGCGGGCGGAGCCCUCGAGACGAUGUACGGCUUCGAGAGGCUGGCUAUGGAGAAUAUCGAGGCUUACCUGCUAAAGGGGAAGGCGUUGACGCCGGUUAACGCGCACUUGUUGAAGAAUAAGGGAGACUUAAAGUUGUAAGAAUAAAUGAUAG